AUGAUCCUCCGUCGUCUCCUAGGGCUGGCCUUCGCCGCCGUCCCUCUCGCCUCGGCCGUCGAGCUCACAGGCUAUGAAUAUAUCGUCGUCGGCUCCGGCGCCGGCGGCGGUCCCCUCGCCGCCCGCCUCGCCAUGGCCGGCCACAAGACGCUCCUGAUCGAAGCCGGCGAUGACCAAGGCAACAACAUCAACGUGACCGUGCCAGCUUACAACGCCCGGUCCUCCGAAGACGAGAAGAUGUCCUGGGAUUUCUACGUCCGCCACUACCCGGACGACAAGCAGCAAGCCCGCGACUGGAAGACCAGCUACCGGCUCCCCGACGGGAGCAUCUACACCGGUCUCUUCCCGCCCGAGGGCGCCGAGAUGUUGGGAACGCUCUACCCGCGCGCCGGCGUCCUCGGCGGCUGCACAGCCCACAACGCCCUCAUCGCCGUCUACCCGCACCAGUCCGACUUCCAGUACCUAGCCGACCUAACCGGCGAUCAGGGGUGGUCGCCCUCCAACAUGCGCAAGCACUUCGUCUCCAUGGAAGACAAGAACUACGUCAACGGGCUAUACUCUGGCCACGGCCGGGACGGCUGGCUUUCCACGGAAGUCACACCUUUAACCAUCCCGCUCAAGGACCCGCAACUUCUUUCCUUGACACUAGGAGGCGCUUUCGCUUUGGGGAACAUCACCCAAUCACCCAUCAACCUCGCCACCGUUCUCGCGGGUGAUCUCAACGCCAACACCAUUGCCCGCGACAAGAAGCCCGCUUACUACGAGACGCCCCUCAGCAGCAAGAACGGCGCCCGUUCCGGCUCGCGUGACUUCGUCGUCGCCGUGCGUGACGCGCGCAAGCCCGACGGCAGCAAAAAGUACCCCCUGGACGUACGCUUGAACUGCCACGUCACGCGCAUUACCUUCAACACUUCCUCCUCUUCCUCAGAACCUAUCGCCACAGGCGUCGAAUUCCUCGACGGCGCACACCUCUACCGCGCCUCUCCCCUUUCCGCCAACAGAGCCAAUAACGUCCGCCCCAACGGCACUCCCGGCUCCGCCCACGCUUCGCGCGAGGUGAUCAUCUCCGGCGGCGCCUACAACAGCCCGCAAAUCCUCAAGCUAUCAGGUAUCGGCCCGCGCACGGAGCUCGAAAAGUUCGGCAUCCCUGUGUUGGUCGACCUCCCCGGCGUCGGCGGGAACUUGCAGGAUCACUACGAGAUCGGCGUCAACGUGAAGGUUCCCAAGGACUGGACUGCUCUCAAGGGAUGUACUUUCCAGCUCUACGGGAACACCUCCGACCCGUGCUUGGAUAGGUGGUUAAACCCCGUUUUGGGCGAUAGGGGGACAUAUGCUUCUUCCGGUCUGGCGGUCGCUAUGCUUUACAAGUCCUCGGUCACGACAGAUGAUAGUUACGACGUUUUUACGUUUGGCGGCCCCGUGAACUUUGCUGGUUACUACCCCGGUUAUUCGGUAGACAUCACUGCGGAACACGACUGGUGGACGUGGGCUAUCUUAAAAGCGCACCCGCGUAACAGAGCCGGCACCGUGUCUCUUCGCUCCUCCAACCCGUUGGACACCCCGGUAAUCAACUAUAACUACUUCGACUUCGGGUCCGGCGAUUACCAAGCCGACCUGACCGCCAUGCGCGAAGCUAUCGGCCUUGCGCGCGACGCGCUCAAGAGACAGGUGGUGCGCACGCAGGAGGUCAGGCCGGGGGCGGAUAUCCAGAGCGAUGGGGAGAUAGAGCAGUUCAUCAAGGACGGAGCGUGGGGACACCAUGCUUCUAGCACUUGUCCCAUUGGGGCGGAUGGGGACCCCAUGGCGGUGUUGGAUAGCAAGUUUAGGGUUAGGGGCGUCAAGGGAUUGAGGGUUGUCGAUGCGAGUGUGUAUCCUAGGAUUCCGGGCACGUUUACGGCGGUUAGCACGUAUCUUGCUGCGGAGAAGGCGGCGGUGGAUAUUUUGGAGGGGUUGAAGAAGAACUAA